AUGAAUAUAAAAUCAAAAAUUAAAUUAAAUAAUGGUAUUGAAAUGCCAUUAUUUGGUAUUGGUACAUAUCAAAUUAAAUCAAUUGAUAUGGAAAGAGUUUUAAGAGAAGCAAUAAUUGAUAAUGGAUAUAUUUUAAUUGAUACAGCUUCAUCUUAUAGACAAGAGGAAGCGAUUGGUGAUUGUUUAAAAAAGAUAUUUGAAGAAGGUAAAAUAAAGAGAGAAGAUUUAUUUAUUACUACGAAAUCAAGUACAAGUGAACAUGGUUAUGAUAAAGCAAUUGAAGCAUGUAAUAACUCUUUAAAGAGAUUACAAUUGGAUUACGUUGAUCUUUAUUUAAUUCAUUGGCCUGGUCAAGCUGGUAAUCAACCUUCUUCACCAAAGAAUUCAGAAGCUCGUGCUGAAACUUGGAAAGCAUUUCAACAAUUAUACAAAGAUAAAAAAGUACGUUCAAUUGGUGUUUCAAAUUAUACAAUCAAUCAUUUAACUGAACUUUUAUCAUCACCAAAUUUACAAAUUAAACCAGCUGUAAAUCAAGUUGAAUUUCAUCCAUUCUUAUAUCAAAAAGAUUUAUUUGAAUUUUGUAAAAAAAAUCAUAUAAUUUUAGAAGCUUAUUCUUCAUUAACUCGUGGUGAAAAAUUAAAUGAUGAUCUUAUUGUAGAAUAUGCAAAAUCUUUAGGUAAAACUAGAGCACAAUUAAUGCUUCGUUGGGCAUUACAAAAAGGUAUUGUAGUUAUACCAAAAUCAACAAACUCGGAAAGAAUUAAAGAAAAUUGUUCAUUAUAUGAUUUUGAAAUUCCAAAUGAAAUUAUGGAAAAAUUAGAUUCUAUGGGCAAUGAAAAAAGAAUUUGUUGGGAUCCAACUGUAGUUCUUUAA